CGGACGGCUUCCUUAGUUCAUUUUCCAAAAUAAAUAUUGCAGAUUAGCUAUGGAACAAAUCCACUCAUAAGAACUUAUACCAAAACAGAAAUUAUUCAGGACCAUUACCACCGCCUCCCGGCUUUCCAACUUCCUUUCCCCAAAUGGGUGACGCCUUCAACUACGGCGGGAUCCGAACCCAACCCGAGAUCAUCUCCUCCGACCCGUUCAGCUUAUUCGAAGGAUGGGCCUCCGAGCCCGACCCGAUGGACCUCUUCUCCGACUCCUCCGACCAAGACCCUUUCCCAACCUACUACCACGACGACGGCGCCGUUUCGCAUCAACUCCUCCCCCAGGCGAUCACCGAGCUCGACGGAAUCCUCAUCCAAAGGCAAGUCCUUCUCGACCCUUCAAAUACCAACAACAACAACCCGAUAACCCACCACAACCCGAAUCCGGAUCAUUCCUCCGCGGCUCUAUUCGACCUCUUGAGAUCCGGAGCCCCGAACAGCCACAGAAAACGGAGCAGUAUGAACAGCCGUAGCAACAAUUAUAAUCCCAGCAACAACAACAUCAUAAUCCAGUCCGCGCCGGCGGAGGAUAGUUCCGGCAAGCUGUCCACCGAGGAGCUGCUGAGAAUCGCCGGAGCUAGGUUCAUCCAAUCGUCGUCGAAACCGGGCGGGGAUAGUAACAACAACAAUGCGGUCUCGUCGAACCCAUUCGACCUCUCCUUCUCCGGUUUGUCCGACGAGGAGCUGAAGAACGUCGAGCUGGCGGAGUUCCUACUCACGGCGGCCGAGAAAGUCGGGGACCAGCAGUACGAGAGGGCCAGCACCCUGCUGACAGAGUGCGAGCUCCAGUCGUCCCCCGACGGCGACCCGGUCCAGCGGCUGGUCCACUACUUCUGCGCGGCGCUCAGGGAGAAGAUCGAGCGCGACACCGGGAAGCCGCAAAGUCGGGGUCCGGCCAAGAUGGAGGAGAUCAUGAUGCCGCCGAGGGAGUGCUUCCUCGAGUUCUACGACAAGGUGCCCUUCCCUCAGGUGUCGGAGUUCGCCGCGAUGCAGGCCGUGGUGGACAGCGUGGCGACGUCGAGGAGGAUUCACAUCGUGGAUUUCAAUAUCAAGAAUGGAGAGCAGUGGACGAUUUUCAUGCAGGCCUUGUUGUCGAGGGAGGUUCCGGUGGAUUGUUUGAGGAUCAGUGCCGUUGCGAUCAUGACGAGGGAGGUCAUGGAGGAGACUGGCAAGAGGCUAGUCAACUUCGCGGCGGCAAUGUCCCUCCCAUUCUCAUUCCACCUCGUAAUGCUCGACGACUUUGCCGACCUCAAGGAAGACAUGCUGAAGCUCGACACCGACGAGACCGUCGCCGUCCUCUCCGAAUACCUCCUCACCACCCUCAUCGCCCCGGCCGAGAAGCUCGACUCCGUCAUGCGAACCAUCACGAGCCUGAACCCGUGCGUCAUGGUCGUGACCGAGGUCGAAUCGAACCACAACUCGCCCGUCUUCGUGAACCGGUUCAUCGAGUCGCUGUUCUACUCGAGCGCCUACUUCGACUGCCUGGAGACCUGCAUGGGCCGGGACAGCCCGCACCGCAAGUUCGUGGAGCUGACGUUCUUCGGGGAAGGGGCGAGGAUCAUCGUCGCGGCGGAAGGGGAAGAGAGGGCGAUAAGGAAUGUGAAGAUGGAUGUUUGGAGGGCUUAUUUUCGAAGGUUUGGAAUGGAGGAGGCGGAUUUGAGCUUGUCGUGUUUGUAUCAGGCGGAGCUGGUGGCGAAGAAGUUUGCGUGCUGGAGGUAUUGUACUAUUGGUGUGGAUGGGAAGAGCUUGAUUGUUGGGUGGAAGGGGACGCCCAUUCAUUCGGUUACGGCUUGGAAGUUUAAUUACGAGUGAUGAGGGUGAUGGGGUUUGGAUGGUUGAGGAAUGAGGUUGAGCAAUGCCUUUUUUUAUUAUUUAUAAGGGUAUUGUUUGAGUUUGUGUUUGAAACAAAAGUUUGAGUGAAUUAAGUUAAUAAUAAAAAAAAGAACACUACUAUAGGUAUAUGUAGGGCUGGGAAACGAUGCGGUCUGGUCUAGACCAGACCAUAUGUACGGUCUAUGGUCUAGACCGAGAGUCUGAAGUAUAGACCACAGACCAGACCAAAGAAUACGGUCCGGUCCAGACCACGCCUGUGCGGUCUUGUUCGGUUUGGUCUGGUCCAGAUAGACCACACUCAACAAAAAAAUGAAUAAUUUGUUUAGUCAAACACACAAAAAUUGAACCAAUACCCAAGAAAAAUAAUUGUUAUUUGCCUUAAAACAUUAAUCCUAACAUGCAUGCAUAAUUUUGAUACCCUAAAUCUUAGUACAUAACAAAGAUACAAAGUAAAAGCAUCCCAACUUGCACCAUAACGUCAUAAACAUUAACAUAAUGC